GCCACCCAGCUGUUCUACGGAACCUCCGUGGACAGCGCAGACAUUGUAAAUGACACCAAAGUGUAUGUGCAACAGAGCGACGGUCGCGACCAAAGCCCUGAGCGUGACCAUCUGCCGUAUGAGAAUGGGGUGGAGUUGGAGAGCGCUGAUGAGGACGGGCCCGUAGUUGUGCGUCGAAGUGCUGGUUUCCGCGGGUCGUCAUUGUCCCCCUCCGCCGCCUCCAGUGCCCCCCCUCAGACGCUGCCCAGCAACAGUGAAGGGCCUCAAGUGAAGUCCUCUUCGGCGGGUCCCGAUGGGUACGAUGCGUUUGAGAACACCAACAACAAGAAGAAACGCAAAAUUCCUACACCAGGCAACCUCAGCAGUCACCACUCUACCCUCUCUCCAGAGUUCUCCAGCAUGGGCCUUGCGACGUCUUUUCAGUCCCCUUCCACUGCUGGCGAAGGCAGCCAUGUGAGUACCUUCUAUGGCACGGGCAGCCCCGCGUCUCCGAUCUCCAGCGGCAUGUCCGGCGCGGGACGAGGUCGCCUUGGCCGCCAUCCGCAGCGUGGUAGCACGGGGAGGAACUCCUUGUCGCUUCAUUCUCCCAUCAGUUGGCCUCGCACCCCUACGCGGCGCGAUGGCCUGUUGUCGUCCCCGGGAGGAGCAGGUGACUCGGUUCCGAAACCAGACCAGGGUAUAAUUUCCGCCGCUAUCGCAAAUGCCGCUGCUUCAGCAUUCUCCUCACCCCCUCCUGGACCCGGCCAUGUCAGCAUGCUCGAACGACAAACGCCUACGCCGACCAAGACCCAGUUCACAUUCACAUGCGAGUCGGAUUCAUCGAAGGGAAUGGCCCUGCAGGCACAGAACGCGUACCCUGUUCCUCACCGUUCACCCAGUGCUCUCACUGCGGCUGUCCAGAGCCAGCGGGGAUACUCACAAGGCACCCAGACAAUCCCAAACGCUUCCUCACAAGUCAACUCUUCAGGGCCAUCUCAACAGUCACAGCACUCGCAACAGCCGCAACUACAAAUUGCGGGAACUGAGCCUGCGCCCACGGGUAGGAAGAAGAAGCGGUCUCCGGGUAGCAUCUAUGCUCUGGCCGCGCGUCAACGCAAAAUCCAGCAGCAGUAUGCCAACCUUCACCACCCGCCCAGCCUCGAGGACAUCUGGAUCUGCGAGUUCUGCGAGUACGAGAGCAUCUUUGGGCACCCGCCCGAGGCUCUCAUUCGCCAGUACGAGAUCAAGGAUCGCAAGGAGCGGAAACGAUUGGCGGAGAAGAAGCGAUUGCUCGAGAAGGCCAAGAUGAAGGGUCGUAAGGGCAAGAAAGCGACCAAGAACGCCAGCAAGCACGCAGCGGCUCAGCACGCAGCCUAUGACCAGGGAUACGGCCGGGCGUCCGUGGAUCAUUCUUCAAGCGGAGGACCAGGGGUGCAUGAUGACGAGUAUUUAGGCAAUGAGUACGAGGACGAGGGAAUUCCAACCCCACCUCCAGCGCCUCCAACUUCCGUCAAAACUGCACCGCCGCCAGGGCAUCCGCCUAAAUUAGCUGCUGCAACAGGGUCGGGCGCUAAGAGUGCAACGGACGGCGGCACAAGGCCGCCCUGA